AUGCCUGUCGCCAUCCCUGAAGUGUCACCAGCCCUCCCAUCCCCGCCACCUUGGAGCCCCGUCCUCAUCCCUGUCGCCUGCGCUAUCGUGCAGCCCUGCCACCGCCACGACAUGAUCCACUGUGACCUUAAGCCCGAGAACUUCCUCUUCGCAAACAAGAAGGAGAAAUCACUGUUCAAGGUCAUUGACUUCGUCCUCUCCAUCUUCUUCAAGUCCAUUGAGUCACCCCAAUUGAGAUCAUUUCCAGAUCUAGGAGAACUUUCAUAUCGAAAUGCAGUUAUUGAGCUUUCAUUCGGAUUUGAUGAUCUUUACAUCCUGCCCCAUAGUGUCUACAUCCCGUUGCUUGGUGCCCCCUGCAUCCUCUCGACAUAUUCCUCUACGAACUCGAUGCCCCACCCUCCCGACGCCCUCAGGGAUGAUCAAAAUGCGCUUGAGCAGAAUGUGGAGGAUAUGGCUUCAAUGACUAUCAGUCUGUCGCAGUUACAUUCACUUGACAUGAACAAUAGGAUGCAUUUGGAUGUUAGCUUGGGUUCACUCUUAUGUUAUGCCAUGGAGCGGCUGGGUUUCACAAUGAUUGGCCAAAAAGUCAAGAGAGUUCAUGAAGGUAGGUAUCGGGCUUAUGUGGAGUUCGGUGGAGGAGGUUUUGCUGUUUAUGGAAAUGUGAUGGAUCUGCCCUUUCUUGCUCGAGAUAGUGCGCUCGUUUAUGCACUACGCUAUUUGGAAGAGAUAUAUGGAGUUGAUAUCAUAGAUGUCAACUAUGAAGAUUAUAUAAUUUGA